AUGGAAGCGCCUCCAAUGGAUACGAUAUAUCAGGCCAUUAGUGCCUUAUACGAUAACCCCAAUAAAAUUGAAAAGGAAAAGGCUUCUCUUUGGUUAGCAGAUGUACAAAAAUCCAUACACUCAUGGAAAAUAGCUGAUCAACUUUUGCAACAGAAAAAAGAUGUUCAAUCAUGUUACUUUGCGGCGCAGACAAUGAGAUCGAAAGUGCAGCACAAUCUUUCGGAAUUACCUGAAGAAGCUGUGAUUUCGCUACGGAAUUCCUUGAUAGCACAUUUAGAAGGCAUCUCUACAGAUACUACUCCUGCCAUUCUUACCCAACUUUCACUGGCUUUAGCGAAUUUAGCCCUUCAAAUGACUACCUGGCCGAAUUGUGUUAGUGACCUUAUUAAGUUGUUUUCAAACAAAAAUGACUAUGCCCUAUUAGAAGUGUUAACAGUUUUACCACAAGAAAUUGACUCCACAAGCUUAAAACUUGGCGAAAACCGUCGAGCACAAGUUAAAUCAGAGUUGCAAACAAAUUCCCAAAUAGUGACAUUUUUCCUUAAGGAAUGCUUAAAUAAUUCCCAAAAUACUCAUAUAGCACUAAAAGUAGUUAAGUGUAUGACUUCUUGGAUUCAAGUUAAGGCUAUGAGUAUACAGGAAGUGCCUCAAAAUGCUGUCAUAGGAUUUAGUUUACAGAUAUUAAGAGAUCAUAAUUCCAUAAACAUGCUACAUGAUGCCGCUUCAGAUUGUAUUUGUGCAAUACUUCACUGUAUAGAAGACAAUAACAAUAACCCAGAGGUAGAAAAAUUGUUAUUUGAAAGUGUUUCAUCUUUGGAAGAAAGCUACCACAUGGCAGUAGCUCACGAGGAAGAGGAGAAAGCUGCAAAUUAUGCCAGGGUUUUUACAGAACUAGCAGAGACGUUUUUAGAAAAAAUAAUAUUGAGUACUGCAAAUGGUGAUACUCAUUUUGCCAUGAGGUCUUUGGAGUUGGUACUUGUUUGUGUUGGACAUCACUAUUAUGAUGUAGCUGAAAUUACAUUCAACCUUUGGUACCGUUUAUCUGAAGAAGUGUAUGAAAGAGACUAUCAGCCACUAACAGAUGCCUUCAAGCCUCACAUAGAGAGGCUCAUUGAAGCUCUUACCAGACAUUGCCAAUGUGAGCCUGAUCACACCAAACUACUGGAUGAGGGAGAUGAGUUCUUUGAGUUCCGGUUGAAAGUAAUGCUUCUCAUUAAGGAUGUGGUAUUCAUAGUGGGUUCUAGCUCAGUUUUUAAAAAGAUGUUUGCCGUCCUCCAGGCAGACCUCCCUUGGGAACAGACCGAGGCAGCACUUUUUAUGAUGAAUGCUGUUGCUAAAAAUAUAUUACCAGACGAAUAUGAAUAUGUGCCAAAAGUGGUAGAAGCAAUCUUAUCUAUGCCUGAAAAUGCUCACCCCGCUGUCAGAAAAACUUGCAUUCUAUUGCUCGGUGAACUGUGUGAGUGGAUUGAGAGACACCCGGAAUGCCUGGAGCCCUGUCUGCAGUGUCUCCUCAGAGCAUUACAUGACCCUAAAUUGGCGAAUGCUGCAGCUACCGCUUUACAGAACAUCUGCGCGGCGUGCCGCAGCCAGGCGGCGGAGCACGCGGCGGCGCUGCUGGCGGCGGCGCGCGCGGCCGACGCGCUGGCGCUGGCGCCGCACGCCGCCGCCACGCUGCUGCGCGCGCUAGCCGCCGCGCUCGGCCGCCUGCCGCACGACCAGUUGACGCUCGCCAUCCGCGAAGCGACAUCGUUCCAGCUGGAGGCGCUGCGCGCGCUCGUGGCGGAGGGCCCCGGCGCGGCGGGCGCGGGGGCCCCGGCGGGGGGGCCCGGGGGCGCGGGGGACCCCGCGCUGUGGCUGGACCGGCUGGCGGCGCUGUUCCGCGACGUGGACGUGCCGCCGGCCGCCGUGGCCGCCGCCGGCACGCACCCCUGCCUGCCCGCCUUCGAGGACGCCUGGCCGGUCGUGCACCAGGUCAUGGAUAAAUACGUGAACGAGAGCCGCGUGAUGGAGCGGUCGUGCCGCUGCGUGCGCUUCAUGGUGCGCGCGGCGGGGCGCCACGCCGGCGCGCUGCUGCCGGCGCUGGCGGCCGCGCUGCCGGCGCUGUACGCGCGGCGCGCGCACUCGUGCCUGCUGUACCUGGCCGCCGUGCUGGCCGACGCGCUGGCGCCGCACCGCGCGCUGGCGCCGCUGCUGCACGCGCUGCUGCCGCAGGCGCUGCGCCUGCUGGCGGCGCCGCGCGGCCUGCAGGACAACCCCGACACCGUGGACGACCUGUUCCGCCUGUGCGUGCGCUUCCUGCAGCGCUGCCCCGCCGCGCUGCUGGCCGACGGCGUGCUGGCGCAGGUGCUGGGCGUGGCGGGCGCCGCGUGCGCGCUCGACCACCGCGACGCCAACUGCUCGCUCAUGAAGUUCCUCUUCGACCUCACGCGCCUCGCCAACUCCACCAGGCCCGACGACCAGGAUUCCAAAGCUCUAAUAAGCAAAGAGCUGCUGCAGUACGGGGAACAACUGACAUAUUCUCUACUGGAGGCCUCAGUACUUCACCUACAUCCAUGUAUGCUUUCUGAUGUGUCGGAGGUGCUGCUGGAGCUGCUGGCGUGGCAGCGCGCGCGCGCGGGCGCGGACUGGCUGCAGGGCGCGCUGCGCCGCCUGCCCGCCGCGCCGCCCUGCGCCACGCAGCACCAGUGCUGGCAGUUCCACCAGUACGCCAUGCGUGCGGAGAAAUGCAAGGAGCUGACACGACUGCUGCGCGACUUUGCGCGUCUCUACCGA